CAGGAAUCUCCCACUGACAUGAUGUCAAGGGUCACGACUCUCAUGCCAUCCUCUUUGUACUUCCAACAGACCUAUCAUGGCAGUAGUAUCUCUUCCACAGUUCCACUCCCUCCUCCCCGAGUCAGGAUGUGGAGAGAGCCUCUGCGGUGGGGCACUUCAGAGGACGUGAAAGCACUCGGCAGUUAGUGAAAGUUUCAAGCCGCGGAGAAGGCGAAUCGAUGUGAAAUAGAAUUACUUUGCUUAGGUCCGAGUUCGGUGGCCCCUCUCUGUUUUAAUCAUUCCCUCCCUGCAACUGUCAAGCCUGUCUUUCGAAAACCCCGCGCAAUCACUACGUUCGAUAACAGGUGCCACGUCAAGAGACACUUGGUAGCACCUCGAUAUUUAUUGACAGACUCAGGACUCUUCAAUAUGGCCCAUCAGCUUCACCACAACCCCCCUUUCCGUGCUGAACACCUUGGUUCGCUCCUUCGUACCGAUGAACUGUUGAAGACAAAGACAGCUUUCGAGCAGGGGCAGGUCUCUCAGGCCGAGCUUUCCGCUAUCGAAAACAAGGAUAUCAAGGAGAUCGCUGAAACUCAGAAGAAGCUUGGCUAUGCCGCCGUCUCGGAUGGAGAAUACCGCAGACACAUGUUCUGGGGGUCUUUCUUCCCUGGACUUGAUGGUUUUGAGGAAGUCACAGACAUUGAUGCCGAUGUUUUCCGUCCCUAUGCUCCCGAUGUCGCUGCUUUCCUUGAAGCUGGACACAAGCCUGGUGAGAGUGUCAUCUGUACUGGCAAAAUCAAGCACGUCGGUAGUACCUAUGUCGACGAGUUCAAGUAUAUGGCGAGCGUCGUUCCCCCAGAGGAGGUAAAGAACAUCAAACUCACCCUUGCUGCUCCGAACUGGUAUCAUUUGCGCUAUAAGGAGGGCAAGGCCUACCCGAAGGAUGUGUAUGCCUCCGAUGACGAGUACUUUGCGGACAUCGCCAAGGCAUACCAGGAUGAGCUCCAGAUCUUGUAUGACGCUGGCUGCAGGAAUGUUCAGUUUGAUGACCCUAACCUUGCCUACUUCUGCUCUGACAAGAUGCUUGCGGGCUGGGAAGCAGACCCAUUGAACGUGAUCACAGCCGAUGAGACGUUCGAGAAGUACGUCAAGUUGUACAACGAUCUGCUUUCCAAGCGCCCCGCCGAUUUCCACAUCGGUGUACACAUUUGCCGUGGUAACUUCGUCGGUAGCCGUCACUUCUCUGAAGGCGGAUAUGACCGCAUUGCAACCAAGCUGUUCAAGGAGCUCAAUGUCGACACAUACUACCUCGAGUACGACACCCCUCGCGCCGGUGGUUUCGAGCCACUGAAGGAACUUCCCACGCACAAGAAUGUCAUUCUCGGUGUCGUGACCAGCAAGUUCCCCGAGCUCGAGGACAAGGAAGAAAUGAAGAAGCGCGUCUACGACGCCGCCAAAUUCAUCGCGGAAGGCAACAAGAUCUCCGUUGAGGAGGCAUUGAAGCAGGUCGGUGUUAGCCCACAGUGUGGCUUUGCUAGUCACAGAGAAGGCAAUGCCAUUGACCGAAACGGCAUGAUCGCCAAGCUGAAGCUUGUCCGGGAAAUUGCCAAUGACAUCUGGCCUGGUCAGCUUUAAGUAGGUAUGGUUGUCGUUUGAUGUCGAUUUUCAACAAUGAGACACACUCGGGCUGGGUGACCGGCGACGUAUUUGUGUGUAUGAACGUGACGAAGUUAUGUCU